CAACAUAAAUUACAUUUAUUCACACGCUUUUGACUUUUGUCCCGGUUAGUUUGGAGUUUCGAUCGAUUUCCAACAGCUCUUGGGAUUUUAUUUUGUAGGCAAACCGGAAACGCAGUAAUUUUAAAACCGGCUGAGUAGAGUACAGGCAGAGGAGAGACGAGCCGGGAGGAGCAGCAGGAGGAUUGUUUCUGGGCUGGGAAAGGAGUCGCUGGGCUUGUCUCGCAUAGAGAGAAACGAUGUAUUUGAGUCACAGAAAUUGAGACUCAGUUUAGAGAAGAAAAGGGAGUAAAAGACAGCAGAAGUAGUAACGUGGGGAUAGAAAAAGUGCGCAGGAUGGGCGACGCUAUCUUUAAAACCACAGGAUCUAAGUGGCUUCUGCCUGUCAGUGAGUUCCUUGGUUUCCCUAUUGACCAGGUGAACUUUAUUGCAUGCCAGCUGUUUGGCCUGGCUGCCGCCUUCUGGUUCCGCCUCUAUCUCAAGCCCAGUCACUUUAAGCCUCUGGUCAGGCACACGGUCGCCACGGUCCUGGGCACUGCUUUUCUAGUCUUUUGCUUCGGAUGGUAUUCCGCUCAAAUCCUGGCCACUGUGGUUGUAAGCUAUUUGAUCAUCCUUAAAGCUGAUAUAAACCAUGUGCACAGGUACUCUAUGGUGACAGCCAUGGGCUCUCUGACAGUCUGCCACGUGAGCCGAGUCAUCAUCUUCAACUAUGGAGUCCCUUCCACAGAUUUCUCUGGGCCUUUGAUGAUGGUAACACAGAGGAUCACCACACUGGCUUUCCAGCUGCACGAUGGCAUGUGCAAGAAGAGCGAACAGCUGACGUCAGAACAGAAGCUAGCAGCCAUAAAGGAGCGGCCGUCUCUCAUGGAGUACCUGAGCUAUAACCUGAACUUCCUGAGCAUCUUGGUGGGGCCUUGCAGCAACUAUAAGGACUACAUAGACUUCAUAGAGGGGACUCACAUCAGCAGAAGGCUGAAGCAGCGCUCUGGCUCCUCCAACGGACACAACGGUUAUGAUAAAAGUCCGGAUCUGUCACCUCUAGACGCCGUCUGUCGAAAGCUGCUGGUCUGCUGCGUCUGCAUGCUCCUCUUCCUGAUUGUGACGCGAUCGCUGCCCAUAACGUAUAACGUUGACCCCGAUUUCAUCAACAACGCGGACUUCCUCACCAGGCUCACGUAUGCCUUCUUCUCCAUCCAAGCAGCCAGGCCCAAAUUCUACUUUGCCUGGACGCUGGCGGAUGCAGUGAACAACGCUGCAGGGUAUGGUUUUUUGGGCAUCGACGAGAACGGGAAACCUUCUUGGGAUCUUGUCUCUAACCUCAACAUUAUUGGGAUUGAGACAGCAACCAGUUUCAAAACAUUCAUAGACAACUGGAACAUCCGAACUGGAGUUUGGCUCAAAACGGUGUGUUAUGACCGAGCCCCCAAGCACCGGUUAGCACUGACCUUCAUCCUGUCCGCUCUGUGGCACGGCGUUUAUCCAGGGUACUACUUCACCUUCCUCACCGCCAUCCCCAUCACCAUGGCAGCCAGAGCUAUCCGGAAGAGUGUCCGGCACCAUUUCCUAAACUCCAAAAAUCUGAAGCUGGGUUAUGACAUUGUCACUUGGGCCGCCACCCAGCUCGCCAUCUGCUACACCGUCAUGCCUUUUCUUCUGCUUUCACUAGACCGCACUUUAAUUUAUUACAGAUCCAUGUUCUUCCAUGUGCAUGUCCUCAGUAUUUUGGCUGCCAUCAUCCUGCAUGGGAAGCAUAAACCCAAAUCUGCUUCCUCUGUCUCCACCAAGUCACCUCCUCCCAUCUCUUCCUCCUCCUCCUCCUCUCCAGAUCUGUGCCAGUCUGUUCCCUGCAACAACAACGACAAAGAAGCCUGAAAAUCCCUUCUUUUUUAUUCAGAUCUCCUCUUGGUAUUCUCUCAGGCACUCGGAGGACUUGAUCUUAAAACUAUUUAUUUAUAUUUCUGAGGGACGAUGAAGUAAAGAAGGCAAACCCUCCCCGUUUUCCUCAUAUCUCCCUUUUUUUGGGGUAACUUACUUGCCCAUCUCCAAACAGCAGCGUGCAGCAGGACAAUAACUGAAGCCAGCACAGUGGGAGAGCAGCUCGCGAGGCGGGACGAAUACCAGGACACACAACAACAGACUUUAGGACACAAAUAUGCACACGCUCCCUCAGACGUGCUCGUACUCGGAUGGCGCACAAAGGCAGCCCUUGUGAGGCCACAAAGAGCAGAAGAGCUCCAGCUGCACCCACUUCAUCCACAGGGUUUGUGUGUUUACAAAGCGACAUGUCUGGUGACCCCUUUGACUGCUUCAGUGUUCAACCCACUGCUUUUUAAAUCCAAGUUUAAAACAAGUUGAAUUGCAGAUGAUCCAGAAUGGAGAAGGAUUUGGACAAAAGUGUUUUGAUUUUUAAUCAUUUAGUUGGGAUCAUCAUCAUCUCUGCAUCAGAGCCAUGAACUAGUUUUUCUGUUCAAGAAUUACUCAAGAAUAGACAAUCUGUCAAAACCUCCCAAUCAUUUGGUGUCAGUAACAGACAUCUGGUGGCCGUCGGCGCCUCCUGACCUGAUCCGGACCAGAACCCCACAGGCAGCUUCUGAGACCACUGCUGCUGCAUCCCCACUUUCCAAACAGAAACUCGCAGCUUUUGUUGUCCACUAAUAUUUCAGUUUUUUCCUCUCUGUCUACACCUUUUACUUUGACACAAUCACAUUUGAAGUUUUUUUUUUAAGUCACGGUUAAGUUAAGCACCAGAAAAAGGCAACAAAACUGUGAAUUUACAGUUUUUUUCUUUGAGGUGACAAAUUUAUUUUAGCAUUUAAAACAAUUAUUUUGGGAUUAAUUUUUUUUAAUGUUGUACUGUUUGUACUCAUUUAUUACUCCAUCUCUGUUUAAUGAAGCCAAAAACGUAAAUUUAUUUUAUUUUGAAACUAACUUUUUUCCUAUUGGACUAGUAUGUUUUAAUUUGGUAAAAAUACAAACUUGUUUUAAACUAGAGAAUCAUUUAAUGCACAAACAAGUGGAAUAAUUAAGAUAAGAAGUGCAAUUAUGAGUUUUUUUUUGUAUUAUUUUACAGAAGAAAAUGUUUUUAAGAUUAUUUACUAUCCCAAAACUUGAUUAAAAUAAUUUAGUUUUUAAAGACAUUUACAGUUUUUUUUUGGAUGUAAGAUCUCUGUUUCCCCCAGAGCUCCUCAGAUCUGUUUUCUUCUGAAUUGCUGUUGUAAUCAGCUGGAAGCUGAUUGCAGAAACGCUCCUGAAUCUCUGGGAGUUCUAUGAGGUGAAGCUCAAUCCAGAUUUGUCAUAAAAAUCUUUAACUUAUUCUUAGUUUUUUAAAAAGCUUUGUUUUCGAGCGACCUAAUACUGUUAACUGAGGUUUAUUUGUAUGUUUUGCAGACGUGUUGUGAGUGUGUGACUGUUUGGUAUUUUAUUAUACUCUGUACCAUUUUAGUAUUGUGUGUUUGGAUUAAAGAGUGGGUGCUAUGGAAGAACUCUGAA